AUUACCUGGGACUACGAACGACGUUUUGGAAUACUUGCUUACAAACUGUGUGACACAGUGUCGACAGAAAUCAUGGAUCUUUCUGAGAUUAGCGAGAACACCAAAAUGGGACGUGAGUAUGCCCUUCUAGGUAACUAUGAAACAUCACAGGUUUACUACCAGGGAGUGUUACAACAAAUUCAAAAACUGUUAAUGAGUUUGAGAAGUGAUGCUGCCAAGAAACAAAAAUGGCAACGAGCCAGACAACAGAUUGCACAAGAAUACGAGUUAGUAAAGCAAUACAGUAAUACAUUGAAUGCCUUCAAGACAUCGGAUAAUGUAGAACGCCCUAUAAGUAGUGGUAUAUCAAGACAGCCUGUGGCGCCGCGGAGAGAUGAUCCUAGUCGAGAUCCUGAUGUUUGGCCACCUCCAACACCAGUAGAACGCAG